AUGCCCAUAAAUUAUCUCCGAUAUGCACAUGAGGAUAAGUUGAGCGUGAAACUUUUACAAUGGCUGGAAGAGCGGGUGCCCGAAGAUGAUCCGAUCCGAAUUUCAAAUCAUGAAUCAUACCAAUUUAUCGAGCAAUUAGGAACCGGCAGAUUUGGAAAAAUUUGUAAAUAUUUAAAUGAAUCGACAUCGCAACACGAGACUGUUAAAAUAGUCGACUUAACAUUGUUUGAUCACUGGACUCAAGAUCGAAAUAAACUCUCAAAUAGGCUCGACAAUUUCCUACGAGAGAUUAGGUACUUGCACAAACUAAGCCAUGCGAAUAGUAAAAUAGUGAAUUAUUAUGGAUUGUAUUCGGAUAGCAAAAAUUUUUUUAUCAUUACCGAAUUCUUACCAAGAGGAUCUGUUAAGGAUUUAGUAAUGAGGGAAACACUUACAGAAGAGCAAGCUUUAAAAUAUUUAUUAGAGACUGUCAAAGCUUUACAUUUUCUUCAUACUCUUACCCCACCAAUUAUUCAUAGCGAUAUUAAAGCAAGAAAUCUAUUAAUUACAAAGAACGACACGAUUAAGCUAGCCAAUUUUGGGCUUGUUCGGGACCUUGCAACUGAUGGAUUUGGAGUUGCAGUCUCCUCAGAGAUCUCAUUGGACUUUCGAGGAAGGUUACUCUACGUUUCACCGGAAGUAUUGAAAAGUGACCUCGGCCCUGGCAACCGGAUGGCUUAUGGCCUACCGGCCGAUAUUUGGGCGUUGGGGUGCACUUUUAUAGAAAUGCUACUCAAACAUCCACCACAUUUCGAAUAUUUUGGGCAUGUUAGUGAAAUUCCAUCAGUACUUCUUGGCUAUGCGAGAGAGGACAAUGGAAAAGAGCUUCCUUAUACUUCUGAAGUCUUAGUGCCAACAUCGUCAAAAAAAAUUCAAUUAUUGGUUGAUAUAAUGCUGGUAAAGGAUCCGAAGAGAAGACCAAAUACCAAGCGACUGCUAAGAAUUAUUCCUGAUGUUGUGAAUCGAAGUGAUAGUUGGGAUGGAGAAGGUUAUAAUCCAUCAAUAACACCUACCUCGUCUUCAUUCUCUGUCAAAGAAAACAAUUCAAAAUUCGAUAGUAGUGAGUCAGGGUUCACAACGUUGAAGGAGUCUCGAAAAUAUGGCCAACUCGCAAAGUUUUUUCUAUUUAUUUCAUAUUUUGCCACCAGAAUUCUUUACUUUUUAACGAUUCUUACAAAAUCGGUGUGCUAUUUACUCGUUUUCUUGUUCACUGGAAUUGUUAUUUUAUUGUUUUUUCUAGUUCUCUCAUAUUUCAUCGUUCAAUCAGGGAGAUAUUUAUUAUCGCAAAGCUGCCACUGCGAUCUUAACGAGCCUCAAUAUAUAAUAAUAUCAGGGAUUUUAAUUGUUUUGCUAUUUGCAUUGUUGUUCAGUUGUUGUAUGGUAGCGUUAGGCGAAUACAAAUUCUUAAUAGCGAAUCGAACAUUGAAAGAUUCACGAUUCUUUUUCCCGCGUCCCAAUAAGUCGGCCAAAUUGUUCGGGAUUACAAUCAUACGAGGGAAAGAUGAUAUUCGGAGGAAAUCUAGAGCCGAGAUCUCUCGUCCAAUGAUCAAUUCAACAGCCAAAACUCAACAUGAUGAAUUUUAUAAAGAUACUCCAUAG